CUACAUACAUAUACUACUGUAAUCACCACACUCGUUCGUCCUAUCUCUUCUCUCUCACUCCUGCAACCUCACUCUCGUCCCCUACCCUUCUUACCUCCCUCUCAUCAAACACAAUGUCGGAAAGAACGGCGACCGUCGAGCGCAAGACGAGCGAAACCCAUAUCACCUGCACCCUCUCCCUCGACAACGAGCCCGGGGUCAAGGAGCAGGAGAUUGAUGUACACACUGGUAUUGGCUUUCUCGAUCAUAUGUUUACAGCGUUGGCCAAACACGGUGGUCUGUCUCUCACACUCAACUGCGCAGGAGAUCUGCAUAUCGACGACCAUCAUUCCGCGGAAGACUGCGCUCUGGCUUUGGGUGAAGCCUUCAAGCUCGCUCUGGGAGAGAGGAGGGGAAUCAAGCGAUAUGGGUUCGCCUAUGCACCUUUGGACGAAGCCCUCUCUCGCGCUGUGAUCGACAUCUCCUCAAGGCCGUAUUUCGUCUGUCAUCUGCCUUUCACCAGAGAGAAGAUAGGUGAUCUAUCCACAGAGAUGAUCCCCCAUCUCUUACAGAGCUUCGCCUUUGCGGCUGGAGUUACUCUGCACGUCGACUUUAUUCGCGGAGAGAACAAUCAUCACAUCGCCGAGUCCGCCUUCAAAGCUCUCGCUCUGGCGAUUCGAAUGGCCAUCACUCGUACUGGUGGGAACGAUGUGCCGAGCACAAAAGGCGUCUUGGCGUUGUAG